AUGCCUAACCACAUUGUUCUUGCCUCAGGCGCUGUAGUCGCUGUCACCGUCGCCGUUGCGACCGCCGUGGCCAUUUACGAGUCGCCCGAAGUGCGCCGAUACGCCGAUGAUGUUCGCCGCCGGGUAGCCUUCGCCCUGCAUGCCAUGGGCGACGGCAUCAACCCCGCCCACCGCGAACCACGCUUCAACAGGCCCGAGGACGCCGAGGGCUUCAUGCAGUCGCGCCGUGGCGCUGGUGCCGAAGACGGCGUCGAUGCCGACGAGGAGACCCGCCGGAGACAACGUGAGGAGCUGCUUUAUUGGAACUCGGUUCGUUUGGAGAAAGAGAAGGAGAAGGAGGAGCUGGAGGAAGCCAGCAAAACGAGACCUGCCCUUACCGAAGGCCGAAGACGAGGCUCGUCAUUCGAUGACUUCCUCCGCCAGGAUGACAGCGCCGAGCAGGGAACCUUCGUUUUCAACACUGGUGCUGAUACUCGGGGUGGGGUCGAGGGUCUGCGACAUCGAGGCGACAACUCUCGCGGCUUUUCCUCCAUUUACGCCAACCCCUUCGCCGACGAGAACCAUAUCGAUACCCAGGACUUGGAUGACAUGGAGACCAGCCACAUCUCUCCCACCAAGGACGAGAUGUCGGACAUCUACAGUGUUACCACUCGCGACGACGAGAAGGUUCUUGUUUCCCCCGAGCCUGUUCCUGCUCUGAUCGAUAUCGACCCUACCCCUGCCCGCUCCGAAACCGCAUCUACCGCCACCAUCGAACGCGAGCUUGGCCCCGAUGAGUUUAUGACUGCUGGCCAGGAGGACCGACAUGAAGCGUACGCCUCAAUUCAGGCCUGGGCACAGAACUCCAGCCCUGAUUUCUACUCGCCACUACCCGUCACUCCCACUGCUCCCAUUUCCGAGCCCGAGCUCCUCAGCGACGGCCAGCUGACUCCUACUGACUCAGUGUCCCUCGUGGGCUCCGGCGACGACGUUGCCAACGACGUCCAGUCUUCCCGAGAUGGUGAGACGGGGCGAUACUACGAUGUGAUGAGCGAGAGCUCAGGCAUGGCAACUCCUGCGAGCUGGUCCGAGGUCGGUAGCGUCAUCAGUGAGAGCGAUGCUCCAAUCCCUGUGCGCUCGUAG